AUGUGUCUCUCUGAUGUUAUACUUCGUCGAAAUGAUCCAAAUGAGAGACUUGGUCUUACUUUAUGUUAUGGUAUAACUCCAAGUGCCACAAAUAUUUACAUACAAGAUGUUGAACCCGAUAGUGUUGCUCAUCGUUCGAAUAGUCUUCGAACAGGUGAUCAAAUAUUAAAAAUAAAUAAUAAAGAAGUGAAAAGUCGUGAUGAAGCAAUACGUCUAGUACACAAUGUUUGUAUAAUUAUACUACAAAUACUUCGAUUUCAGUUUCGAGAAAAUUUACCAUUUCCAUGGUCACACCUAUCAGCCAGUUGUUCUUCAAACAAUGAGAAGAAAUUAAUACCUAUAAUAAAGUCAAAUUACUGUAAUACAACAACAUCGUCGGAUGUUUAUAUUAACAAUGCAAAAGAAGGUGAUAGUGGUGUGCUGAUGGCAACAGACACGGAAAAUAAAUCAAAAUCGUUAACUUGGCACUCCAGUCAAAAUCUCAAUAAUAGAAGAUAUUUACCUACACGUUUAUCAUUGAACUCACAAUAUGAACAGCGGUUUUCAUCGACUAAUUGCUGUUCAUGUCGAAGAUGUCGUCUCAUUCGCUUAUACUCUAAAGAAAUUCGUUAUCGUCGAUGUAUAUCACUGAACGAUUUUUCAUUAGUUCAUGAUGAUACGAUGGUAUUACGAAAAACUCCUUCACGUACAAUAGCAGAGGAAAGUAGAGCCUCAAUACCUAGUUCAAGAAGUUUAAUAUUUCAUAAUCAAAGUGCAAUUUUAAAACCAUUACCAUUUCGCAAUGACACGCAAAAUGACACGCAAUCAGAUGAAAUUGAAUCAUUAUUAAUUCGUGAAGAUUUUUAUCCACAUGAUGUAUUUACUACUAUGAAGUGUGAUAGCGACAGUGGUCUAGGUCAACAAUGUGAAGAAUCAACAACUGCCACAACAGUGAAUAAUACUGAUCCACUUCUGGCAGCUAUUUCAUCGCCGGUGGUUCUCAAUUGUUAUUCAACAUUAUCUGUAAAAAUGCCAAAAAUUCAACCACCGCCAACUCCAACUCAGUGGUCAUUUAAAUACAUUGGUACUCGUCAACAACGUUUGCUGUUGAGAAAUCGUAUUUUACGUGCAAGAGAAAAGCGAAUAUUAGAAGAACGAUGUUUAACAACCGAUGAAGAAUAUAUGUCUGAAUUAAAAACAGGUAAAUAUUGGACAAAAAAUGAACGUAAACGACAUUUACAACAUGCAAAAGAAUAUCGUCAGCGACAAAAAUUUAUGAUGAAAUCAUCCAAAUUAUUAGCGUCAUCCCGAACAUCGUUAUCGACAACAACAACACGUGAAGAUGAUUACGAUUUAUUAACGAGAAUAUUUUUAAGAACAAAUGCUGGUGAACAGAUGAAAGAAAAUUCUAAUUUAUUUCAAACAUUUUGUCAGCAACAUGAGAUUGAAAAACAAAAUUUAAUUAAAACACAUAGUAUAUCAAGUACAAGUAUGGGAACCAGUAGUAGUAUAGAUACAUUUGUGAUAUUAUAA